CUCAGGGACUGGAGCGGCCCUCAACUCACUCUUCAGCUUUGCCACUGUUCCGCAGCCCAGAGGCUCUGCCAUGUCCUUCAGCGCUGACCAGAUUGCUGAAUUCAAGGAGGCGUUCCUCCUGUUUGAUAGAACGGGUGAAUCUAAGAUCACCUUAAACCAGGUCGGUGAUGUCCUUCGAGCUCUGGGCACAAAUCCCACCAAUGCGGAAGUCAAGAAGGUGCUGGGAAACCCCAGCAAUGAAGAGAUGAAUGCCAAGAAAAUUGAGUUUGAACAAUUUCUGCCCAUGAUGCAAGCUAUUUCCAACAACAAGGACCAGGGCACUUAUGAAGACUUUGUUGAGGGUCUGCGUGUCUUUGACAAGGAGGGCAAUGGCACAGUCAUGGGUGCUGAACUCCGCCAUGUUUUAGCCACAUUGGGUGAAAAAAUGAAAGAGGAGGAAGUGGAAGCCCUGAUGGCGGGUCAGGAAGACUCCAAUGGCUGCAUCAACUAUGAAGCUUUUGUCAAACAUAUCAUGUCCAAUUAAAUGGAGCUCUCAAGAUUGUUUAUGAAGACUGGCUGGAAAUUUCUUGCAAUAACACCCAUGACUUACUGUCCAGACCUGCUUACCAUCAUUCAGACAACAAAACAACAUGGACUGUUCUAGACUGAAGGACUCCCUGAACUUUUAUAUACUUCACGUUCCUCUCUGAAUUGUAUUCAUACCACACAAAUCAAGUGUCUCCUGCUCUAGACGAGAAGGAUAAAAUACUGACAACCUCAAAUUCAAGUACCACUCUUCAUUUUCCACCAGGGGUCAAUGAACAUCCUUAAAAUACUAAAUCAAUAAAUAAUUUUGGUCAGUCUGGAA